AGAUGACCUCGAAAUUCAAUCGAUAGCCGCCGAUAAACCAUAGGGCAGAGCCCGACGCGUCUGAAACAUAUUGCACGCGCCGUCGGUGCAGCUGAUCUCGGGACCGGGUAGUUCGCACAUAAAGCGGAGUGGUCUUACAGAGUUCAGGUGUUGGACUGCUAGCCUUUUGUUUUUGCUUUCCACCCAUAGACAUCUACACCAUGUCGAAGGCCACAUUCGCAAUCAUUGCAGCUGCUGGUGCUGCCGCUGGCGCAGCAAGCACAGCAGCUCUGUUCUCAUUCAAGAAACAGACUCCUCCUACCGUAACAAGUACGACAACAACCACGACUACCACUGCAGCUGGCCCGCCAUCACCAACGGCUCAACCUCCGGUCCCUGUACCUGCAUACCCCGUUAAACCAGCCGUGAAACCUCUCGUAGAUCCGAAUGGCCUCUUUCAGUACGGGUUCCCGGGACCUGUUGCUGACCUUAAGCCUGCUGCUUCCCUUACCUCCUCCUUCGAUCGUCGAACCAGAAACCCAGCGUGGGUCGCCGAACACAUCACUCCAGAAUCGCUUGCUCAAAACAAUGCCGAUCGAAAGCAUAGUGUCUUUGUGGAGGAUGUAUCGAUCCCGGAGAUGUUCCGCGCAAAGCUCAAGGACUACUUCCGUUCAGGCUACGACCGUGGACACCAGGUUCCUGCAGCUGAUGCGAAGUGGAGCCAGGGAGCAAUGGACGACACAUUUCUUCUGAGCAACAUGUGCCCACAGGUUGGCGAUGGAUUCAAUCGGGACUACUGGGCACAUUUCGAAGACUUUUGCCGACGAUUGACAAAAACGUAUCCCUCUGUCCGUAUCGUCACUGGCCCGUUGUAUCUGCCUAAGCGUGAUCCCGACGGCAAGUGGAGGGUGACCUACGAGGUUAUUGGCCAGCCUCCGAACGUUGCAGUACCAACACAUUUUUACAAGGUCAUUCUUGCGGAAGAUGGCGUUCCUGGUGGAAAAGUCGCUUUGGGAGCCUUCGUGCUGCCAAAUGCGGUGAUUGCCAACAACAAGCCCAUCACCGAUUUCGAAGUACCACUUGAGGCGGUCGAAAAGGCAAGUGGUCUAGAGUUUGCUUCUAAACUCGAGCCACACCGACGAAAGAGACUCUGUCAGGACACAAAUUGCUCCCUUAUCAUCAAGGAGUACAAAGAAAGACAGAAGAGUUUUGGAAAGAAUUAGUUGCCAACAAUGGUUUGGUUGUGUAUCUGAUAUCAUAUGUAUGCACGCACCCUCAUGUUAAGCGCCUGCAUACAACGGAGUUAUUCUGAGAUAGCAUUGAUGUAACGGCGAUCUUAAUG